CGUCGUAGUCGUCGUGUGUUAAGUUUGUUUUGAGUUUUUCCGUAUCAAAAUGUGCAAAACGAUUUCAGUCUAAUUCAGACGCUCGUGCUGAGAAGACUUUUGGCCCUGUUUGUUGGCCAACACAUAUAUAGCCAUAGAACACAGCACACAGAACACUGAACACUGAACGCAACUGAAAACUGAAAACUGAACUGAAACCAAAUUGAACACGACACACGAGACGAGUAGCGAAACGAACUGAAAGAACGAGGCGGGCUAAUUGCCAAAUGGCCACGUAGUGCGCGUAACGUAACGAAUACGUAAAACACACACACACACACACAGACACAUAGCAACUCACACACACAUAGUUACUUACAUGUACAUGCCCACUCUCAGUUGAGCGUCGUAAUUGUCGCGAUUUUUUCGUACGCUUUGUUUUUUUAACGUCAUGUAAAGAGAAGCGAGUCGUGUAACGUAACGUAACGUAACGCGUGCCAACGUUUAACGUUUUAACGAUCAACGAUCAGCUGUAGACAAAAUGGCGUCAGCGCAGGCGGAUGUGAAAUUGUCAGUGGCGCCCGACCAGGGACCAGUGACCCAAAGGCAGCGCAAAGGUUCGGGAUCGGGCACAGGUUCACCGAAAAGCAAUCGCAACUCGCCCAGUCAGCAGGAGGAGAAGCGCACGAAGAGUGAGGAUCGCACUUCACCUGUCACCUCGAAGGAUGAGGAUAAGGAUGUACAAGGACAAGGACAAGGAGGAAAUGGAUCGUCCCCUAUUAGUUCGCCACAAGGCAGAUCCUCUUCGGUGGCGUCGCCCAGUUCCACGUCCCAGCAAUUCUGCCUGCGUUGGAACAACUACCAGACGAAUCUGACCACCAUCUUCGAUCAGCUGCUGCAGAACGAGUGCUUCGUGGAUGUGACACUGGCCUGCGAUGGUCGCUCCAUGAAGGCCCACAAAAUGGUCCUGUCCGCCUGCUCGCCCUACUUUCAAACCCUAUUGGCCGAAACGCCCUGCCAGCAUCCCAUUGUGAUCAUGAGGGAUGUCAACUGGUCGGACCUCAAGGCCAUCGUGGAGUUCAUGUACCGUGGCGAGAUCAAUGUGAGCCAGGAUCAGAUCGGUCCGCUCCUCAGGAUAGCCGAGAUGCUGAAGGUACGCGGCCUGGCGGAUGUGACGCACAUGGAAGCGGCCACGGCAGCGGCGGCGGCCGCUUCUUCCGAGCGAAUGCCCUCGCCCAAGGAGGGCACUUCCGGCUCCAGAGCCACCGAAAACGAACGGGAGGCCGAGGAGCUGCUGGCCUUCAUGCAACCGGAGAAGAAACUGCGCACGGACUGGGAUCCCGCUGAGCUGAGACUCUCCCCGUUGGAGCGACAGCAGGGCAGGAAUGUGAGAAAGCGACGCUGGCCCUCGGCGGACACGAUCUUCAAUGCGCCUGCACCGCCCAGUCCGCUGAGCAGUCUGAUAGCCGCCGAGCGGUUGGAGAUGGAGCAAAAGGAGCGGGAAAGGCAGCGGGAUUGCUCGCUGAUGACGCCACCACCGAAGCCGCCAUUGAGCGGUGGUGCAGGAGCGGCGGCAGCGGUGGCUCGGCGACUGGAGACCGCCAUCCAUGCACUGGACAUGCCCUCGCCGGCUGCCACGCCAGGACCCAUGUCCCGAUCCUCGCGACCCCAUUCGCAGAGUCCCCAGCAAGGUCAGCAGCAAGGUCAGUCGCAAGGUCAGCAGCAGGGUCAGCACUCGUUGCCCCUGCCCCUGCCCCUGCCCCUGCACCCGCACCACCAUGCACCACCUGCCCCACAUCCAUCCAUCCAGUCAUCUGGAUCCUCACAUCAUCCGCCCUCGUCCGCUGGAGAAUCGCGUUUUCCAAUGGGACCCGCUGCCGCCAUGGCUGCGGCCAUGGAGUUGAGCGGUUUGGGACCGGGACCGCCCGCUGAGCCACGCCUACCGCCCCCACCGCCGCACCACCAUGGUGGUGGUGGAGUGGGUGGUGGGGGAGUGGGCGUGGUCGGAGGCGUGGGCGGAGGAGUGGGCUCCGGCGGAGGAUCGUCUCUGGCCGAUGACAUGGAGAUCAAGCCCGGCAUCGCCGAAAUGAUACGAGAGGAGGAAAGGGCCAAGAUGAUGGAGAACUCGCAUGCCUGGAUGGGCGCCACUGGGUCCACGCUGGCAGCAGACAGCUACCAGUACCAGCUGCAGUCGAUGUGGCAGAAGUGCUGGAACACCAACCAGAACCUGAUGCACCACAUGCGCUUCCGGGAACGGGGUCCGCUGAAGUCCUGGCGACCCGAGACCAUGGCCGAGGCCAUAUUCAGUGUGCUGAAGGAGGGCUUAUCCCUGUCGCAGGCUGCCCGCAAAUACGACAUCCCGUAUCCCACGUUCGUGCUGUAUGCCAAUCGGGUGCACAACAUGCUGGGACCCUCCAUCGACGGUGGGCCCGAUCUGCGGCCCAAGGGGCGUGGCAGGCCGCAGAGGAUUCUGCUGGGCAUCUGGCCGGAUGAGCACAUCAAGGGCGUCAUCAAGACGGUGGUUUUCCGCGACACCAAGGACAUUAAGGACGACAGCCUGGCCGCUCACAUGCCGCCCUACGGUCGACAUUCGCCCGCGUUUCCCUUGCAGGACCUGCCGCUGAGCUAUCCCGGCGCAAGUGGCGCCCUGGCAGGAGCGCCCAGUUCCCUGGCCUGUCCAAAUGGCAGCGGUCCGCAGGCGGGAGUGGGCGUGGGCGUGGGCGGUGAGCAGCACAUGUCGCAGGAAACAGCCGCUGCGGUGGCCGCCGUGGCCCACAACAUCCGGCAGCAGAUGCAGAUGGCAGCGGCCGUCCAGCAUCAAGGAUCUCAGCAUCAGCCGGUGCCGCCGGGCCUAUUUAACCUGCCGCCCCACCCGGGCGUGGGCGGUGGCGUGGGCGUGCCGGGGGCGGGCGGAGGCAGGGCAAGCAUCUCGCCGGCCUUGAGCAGCGGCUCCGGGCCCAGGCACGCCCCGUCGCCCUGCGGUCCACUCGUCCCGAAUCUGCCGCCCAGCAUGGCCAUCGCCUUGCACCACCAACAGCAGCAGCAUCAGCACGGGGAGCGUAGACCUUGUGGCUGUCCCUUUGGUCCUUGGCCAUGCCCCCAUCAUCACCAUCAGCAGCAGCAUCAGCAGCAGCAGCAGCAGCAUCACCACCAGGUGGGCGGUGGCCUGCCGCACAAGUCCGGUUUCGGUGCCAGUUCCAGUUCCUCCGCCUCCUCCGCGAUGGGUCAGCACCCGCCCAAGGCCAAAGGCAGUCCGCUGCGCAGCGAAACACCCCGACUGCACUCACCGCUGGGCGAUCUUGGCCUGGACAUGGCCGGCUACAAGCGGGAGUUCUCGCCCAGUCGCCUCUUCGCCGAGGAUCUGGCCGAGCUGGUGGGCGCCAGUGUCUCAUCAUCCUCGUCCUCGGCGGCAGCGACAUCGGCAUCGGCUCCGCCAGAAAGAUCGGGAGGAGGUGGAUCGGCGGCGGCGGGAACAGAUGCGCCCAGCUCCUCGAGUGGCGGUGGCAUCAAAGUGGAACCCAUUACCACCACUAGCGAGUAAUGAAUUGAUAAUGAGUGAACUAAAAUCUGAAGCUCCAGCAGCUUUACUCUACACAUGUGCACCUAUACCUUGGUUAGUUAACUACAUUUUGGUUAAAAUCUUAUUUUUAAAUAGAGAACAACUUUUGCUUCAAAUGCUUUUAAGUUUAACUUGAUUUAACACAAUAUAUCAAACUAUUUAAGCAACAAGUUUUAGCAAUAAAAUUAUUCUCUAUAACAAGAUCAAAUCUCAUUAUACAUAAUAUAUUCAUGAGUUUUUUUUAACUUUAUGAAAAAUCAAAUCCGCAUUUUCCAUUUGUAAAUAAACUGAAUGUAAACUAUAAAUACAUUUUAAAGGUUUCUCCUAAUCUUGGCUAUUUGUUAAAAAAAAAAUGCAAAUCAACAAAUUUCCAUACCUAUAUCCAACCGAAUUUAAACAUAAGCUUUACAUA